UGUUGUGAGAAUUUUUAGAUCAUACUAACAACUUAGACAUAAUUCCAUGUUUGAAGCUUCUUAAUUUUGGAUAAAUUAGUUUAGUUAAAUUUUAUGAUAUCUCUUUAGUGCAUUUCUUUGCUGAACAGAGUGAUCAAUACUGCAGAAGCAUCAAUUGGUGGCAUUGAAUGCCUGGCAAAUUAUCUACAUAAUCAUCAGUACUAGAUGCCUUGUGAUUUUAGGCAGAUAGAGUUAUGCCUAAUUAGACUAGCUUGAAGCUUCAUGCUCCGAUUAAAACAAUCAGAAAGAUUUUUUCCAGGUUGCUCAGCAAUAUGUUGCCAGCUAUAUUUUGCCGAUGCUCAUAUUCAUCUUGCUCUACUAUAUUUCUAGUAAUUUAGGCACGAAUUCGUCUCCCAGGCAUCUCAAAAUCUCUUCUGUAUUCUCGAGCAUUCACUGAGCUAGGCUCCGCAGGUUAAAUAAUUCAGAAAGCCUCAUGAGUAUAAUUUUGACCGAUAUCAUUAUAUUUAGCUCAGCCAAGCUGGCAUGAAGGGAUCUUAAUA